CCCCGCCCCGCCCCCGCGCGCUGCAGCCCCGCCUCGCCGCCGGGCUCCGAGCGGGCUGGCGGGGGGAGGGCUGGCGGGCGCGGAGCGCUGCGAGCAGCCAUGAUGCAGGAAGGCUCGGACGACGGCCCAGAUUUCCUCUCGGAGGAGGACCGAGGUCUUAGAGCAAUAAAUGUAGAUCUCCAGACUGAUGCUGCUCUGCAAGUGGAUAUCUCAGAUGCACUCAGUGAGAGGGACAAAGUGAAAUUCACUGUCCAUACAAAGAGUUCCUUACCGAAUUUCAAACAAAAUGAAUUUUCUGUUGUCCGGCAACACGAAGAGUUUAUUUGGCUUCAUGAUUCAUUUGUUGAGAAUGAGGACUAUGCUGGCUAUAUUAUUCCACCAGCACCACCCAGGCCUGACUUUGAUGCCUCAAGGGAAAAAUUGCAGAAACUUGGAGAAGGGGAAGGAUCAAUGACUAAAGAGGAAUUCACCAAGAUGAAACAAGAACUGGAGGCUGAAUAUUUGGCAAUAUUCAAGAAGACAGUUGCAAUGCAUGAAGUGUUUUUGUGUCGCGUGGCAGCACAUCCUAUUUUGAGAAAGGAUUUAAAUUUCCAUGUAUUCUUGGAAUAUAAUCAGGAUUUGAGUGUUCGUGGGAAAAAUAAGAAAGAGAAACUUGAAGACUUCUUUAAAAAUAUGGUUAAAUCAGCAGAUGGUGUCAUUGUUUCAGGAGUAAAGGAUGUGGAUGACUUCUUUGAACAUGAAAGAACAUUCCUUGUAGAAUAUCACAACCGAGUCAAAGAUGCCUCUGCCAAAUCUGAUAAAAUGACAAGAUCACAUAAAAAUGUGGCGGAUGACUAUAAUAGAAUUGGUUCUUCAUUAUAUGCAUUAGGAACGCAGGACUCUACAGAUAUAUGCAAGUUUUUUCUGAAGGUAUCAGAGUUAUUUGACAAAACAAGGAAAAUAGAGGCCCGGGUAUCUGCUGAUGAAGAUCUUAAACUUUCUGAUCUUCUGAAAUAUUACCUAAGGGAAUCUCAAGCUGCUAAGGAUCUCCUAUAUAGAAGAUCUAGGUCACUAGUGGAUUAUGAAAAUGCUAAUAAGGCAUUGGAUAAAGCAAGAGCAAAAAAUAAAGAUGUACUGCAAGCUGAAACUACUCAGCAAAUAUGCUGUCAGAAAUUUGAGAAAAUAUCUGAAUCAGCAAAACAAGAACUGAUAGACUUUAAGACAAGAAGAGUUGCAGCAUUCAGAAAAAAUCUGGUGGAACUAGCAGAACUGGAAUUAAAGCAUGCUAAGGGUAACUUACAGCUGCUGCAGAGCUGCCUGGCAGUGUUAAAUGGUGACACAUAAGCUACGUUCCGUCCUCCCACUAACAAGGGCUGCCCUCCUCUGGAUUUUGUUUUCAUGACUUUAAAUAGGCAUUUACAGUUCCCUGGAGAAAACAUUUGACAAAGUGCGCAUAAGCGAGCUCCUUCUUUCAAAAGAAUUAAAACAAACACCUGAAAGUAGCUCCAGAUCAUAUGAAGCAACAGUAUACUUGUUAUACGUACAUAUUCAUGUUUAUUUAAUCAUUAUAUGCUUUCAUUGUUCAGAAACUAAAUGCUCUGUUUUUGUGAAAAUAGCCAAUAUAAUUAUGUUCAUGUUAUGAAUACUAUGAUAUGGCUGCCAAUCUUAUUUACCUUUGUAAGUAAUUUCUAAAGUUCACCAUUUGAAGCACAUUGUUCAAAUGGCCUAAAUAUUACCAUUAGAUAUUUGAAUAUUGUUACUAUAAUGGCAUUGUAUACACUGUCUUAGUUUUUUUUUUCCCAUGUACCGAUAUCAAGAAACUUAAUCUUUUUUUCAAUUGUGAACAUUUCUUAGAAAUUUUGGAGAACUUUGUGUAACCUUUGUAACUAUGAUUUAAAAAGAAAAGCAAAUACAUUAGUAUGUUUGCCUUAACUUGUAGACUAAUCCAAUUAUUGUAAAAUAAACCAUGAGAUCAAUGAUUUUUCUAAAAUUAUGCAGACAUUGUAUCAUCUGUAAGCUUAAUAUUUUCUAGUAAAUCAGAUUAAUUUAAUUAGCUUUUUCUCUAUUCAUCCUGUAAAGCCAUUGAGUAAGUAUUGGAUUGGUCUGACACUAAAUACUCGCCCAGUAAUUUUUCACUUGCAUUCUCAGGUUUAUCUGUUUGUCUAUCGUUUGUCUGUGACUUUCCUAUCCAUUGUACUUAAAUUGUUUGGAGCUUGGUGGCUGACUCUGCAAUUUCUUUAGCAGAAAUGCUUUUCAGAGAACUUCUUGAGUUUCUUUCCAGAAAGGGGAAAUAAAGUAGCAGAAGGGAGUUGAGAAAUUGCAUAAAGUGUCAACAAAAAGUAAUACUACCCCACUUUGAUACAGAUAAGAAGCUUUGCUUCAGAAGAUAAAAAGUAAAGGUAUACCCAAUAAAGGAAUGCCUGAAAAGGAGAUCUCAUUCUGCUAACUGCACUUAAAACUUAGAGCUGUGGAUCAAGUUGUUGUAUUGCUUUUGUCUCUCUUGAACCAUGAAACUUUUCCAAGAGGUGCUGUUCUGUUGUGUAAUUUCAGGAUGUCAUAAAAUGAGGCUUUACUUGAUGAAUGGCUCUUCACAGUGGGACUGCUGCUCUAAGUGGAUUUGUAGACCUCAGUGGAGCAGCAGAAAUUUGGGUGAAGGGGAUGUCUGGAGAUGCAGAUCACUCUAAGUCAACGUCUCUGUGAUUACAGACUCCCUGUACUGCCGCACGGAGGUGUGCGGUUUGUUUGGGGUUGUGUUUUUUUCCCCUCGAAUCGUGUGAAUUGCCCAGUGUAGUAUACUUACCCUGCUGCCUUGCGCAUCGGAGCAUUUGAAAGGCCGAGAAGUUUCUCAGCUGAACGUGCUGUUUGCGUUGUGUGUUGAGUUGCCUACGCCUAGCCUCAGACUUCGAUCACCAGUGCCCAACGGCUAUUAGCAACUCAUCUACUAGCUGUACUAUUUUCCAGCAAUGGCUACUACAAUACUACUGUGCUGUUCAUCUUCCAGGUAUAACAGGUAUAAUUCCUAAGGAACUCAUCUAUAAAUAGCCUAUAAGAGACAAAGAUUACGAUGUAUAUACAGUUAACAAAAUUGUAAAUAUUUUAAGUAGGCUGUGAGAACAGUUUUUAGAUUUAGUCCUCGUUGUUCAGUGUUACUAGCUCAUUAAAUUUUUUUCAAGCCUC